AUCUCAAAAAUAAAUAACGACUCUGAAUACCAGCAAAUGAGUAAUUUUUCUCUUUCCAGAAAUUGUGACAUUUUCUAUACUGUUACCAAAUUAGAUCUGAUCAAAGCUGAUCAAAAGAGAUGAAAUCUGAUUAGACACUCGCCUAAUUGACAUGAUUCCCUGUUAUCUUAUUACCAAAACUGAUAACCAUAAUUGUCAUAAUUUUAAACACUCGACAUGCUAAAUAAAAUAGAUCAUUUCUAUUCCACGUGGCUACGAUUUACCGUAAUACUUAUAGUCCUAGAACGUUCGCGUUGAUCGCGACGAAAAUAGCGGUAUUCUUUCUUAGCCCCCACGUUUGCACGUGCGCGCGAAUGAAUUUAGUUACGGCUCGUUAACAGCGGAUAGUUCUCAGCCCCCCGUGAACCCGCACGGUUUAUAAAUCGUUAACUCUGCUGGCUGGCUCGUCGCAGGUGUUAUAUCACGAUGUCUCGUUUAGAAAAUGAAGCGAACGACUUACGCAAACUUUACUCUAUUAACACGCCUCGCUCAUUUAACGACGUCUCCCAUAAGGCGAUCGCGUUAUAAUUCUAACACAGCCUGGCUUGGGACGUUCGCUCGCGAUGUACAUUCGCGAUGUACUCGUCUUCUGUUAUUUCCUCUGGUUGUCACACGUCUCCGGAGUGAAGAACAUUACGCAGGGAGUAUCGAGGCACCUCAGGUCCCUCACGUAUCCCGAUGGCAGCGGCAUGGGGAUAUUCUUCGCCCUGGGAGUGCCACUCGACAUUCCUAACAAGUCGGUGCUAUUCUCUUUGUACUUCGAGGCGAACUACGCCCUUCCUGGCGACCUGAACUCUACUUACUACCUCGAAGAUCCCUACCUGCAGAAGCGGAGUUUGGACCGGCGCCUGGCUUACGACGUCCUCGUGAACAAAUUGACAAGCUUCGGUUACUCCGGGGAAAAUUGCCUACUGAAAAUGAUCUGCGAGGUCGCCAACUAUCCUUUAACUAGCAACGGGGUCCUCGGCGAUGUUCUGCAAAUUUUAUUUACGUGAGUAUUACCGUGG